CUGACCGAAACAAACGCAUGACCGUGUUGCAUGCUCAUCUACGUUUGCCUAAACUAGUUUGACAGUGUGUGUAAAUAUUGUAUUUUAUCAUGGUCUAAAACUGUAAGCAGUCAUUUGGAUUAUGUGAGGAGAUGCACAGUGUCAGCAGGCCGGAAGUGUUUUGCUAACGCAGCUAAUGCUCUCCUGUCGUUGUUUCUCUCGGAUUGGAGCACAUUUCAAGACAUCACAGUCAUGCCUCAGUCAGCGGCUGUCAUCGGCGGCAUCCAGAGGAUGGUUUUGUACGAAACCAGAGCGAGAUAUUUUUUGGUGGGGAGCAAUCAUGCCCAGACCAAACACCGUGUGCUGAAGAUUGACCGCACAGAACCCAGGGACCUGGUCAUAAUUGAUGAUAAGCAUGUUUACAGCCAGCAGGAGGUCCGAGAGUUGCUGGGACGCCUGGACCUCGGCAACCGCACCAAGAUCGGCCAGAAGGGCUCGUCGGGCCUGUCCAGGGCUGUGUCAGCCUAUGGCAUUGUGGGGUUUGUACGUUUCCUUGAGGGGUACUACAUUGUGUUGAUCACCAAGCGCAGAAAGAUGGCGGACAUUGGUGGCCACUCCAUAUACAAAAUUGAAGACACUAGCAUGAUUUACAUCCCCAAUGACUCGGUCAGGGUCACACAUCCUGAUGAAGCAAGAUAUGUGCGUAUCUUUCAGAACGUGGACCUGUCCAGCAACUUCUAUUUCAGCUACAGCUAUGACCUGAGCCACUCGCUGCAGUACAACUUGACUCUGCUGCAGCGGCCCUGUGAACUGGGGUCAGCAGCGGCCUCGUCCGCCGAGGAAGAGGUUCACACACACAGCAAGCAGGACAGCUUUGAUAUCUUUGAGGAUGAAGGGCUGCCCACGCAAGUGGUCUACGGCCUGCAGAAUGAGCCGUACUUCAAGUACGUGUGGAACGGGAAGCUGCUGGAACGAGUCAAGGACACAGUGCAUCACGACUGGCUCAUGUACAUUAUCCACGGCUUCUGUGGCCAGUCAAAGCUUCUGAUCUAUGGCCGACCGGUGCACAUCACCCUCAUUGCCAGGCGCUCCAGCAGAUUUGCCGGGACCCGCUUCCUCAAAAGAGGAGCCAACUGCGAGGGGGACGUAGCCAAUGAGGUGGAGACGGAGCAAAUUAUCCAUGAUGCCUCAGUUAUGUCAUUCACAGCGGGAAGUUACUCCUCUUACGUCCAGGUGCGAGGUUCGGUCCCACUCUACUGGUCCCAAGACAUCUCCACCAUGAUGCCCAAACCCCCAAUACGAUUGGACCAAGCUGACCCGUAUGCCCAUGUAGCUGCCCUCCAUUUUGACCAGAUGCUGCAGCGAUUUGGCUCACCCAUCAUCAUCCUUAACCUGGUCAAGAAACGAGAAAAAAGGAAACACGAGAAGAUUCUGAGUGAGGAGCUCUACCCAGCUGUGACCAACUUAAAUCAGUUCCUCCCUCCAGACCACUGCAUCGACUACAUUGCCUGGGACAUGGCCCGCUACACCAAGAGUAAGUUGUGCAACGUGCUGGACCGCCUGGGUAUGAUAGCGGAGAACGUGGUCAAGCGAACAGGCUUCUUUGUUAAUCGCCCUGACUUCUACUGUCAUAUGCUUAGACCAGACGACAGGUGGGGAGAUGUUGGCGGACACAUCACAUCGAGUGGACGGGUGCAGACUGGGGUGUUGCGGACCAACUGUGUGGACUGCCUGGACCGGACCAAUACUGCCCAGUUCAUGGUGGGGAAGUGUGCGUUGGCCUAUCAGCUCUAUGCACUGGGAAUGAUUGACAAGCCUAAGCUACAAUUUGAUACUGACUGUGUCAGGCUGUUUGAGGAGCUGUAUGAGGACCACGGGGACACUCUGUCUCUGCAGUACGGCGGCUCCCAGUUGGUCCACCGGGUCAAGACAUACCGCAAAAUCGCUCCCUGGACACAGCACUCCAAAGACAUCAUGCAGACGCUGUCACGGUACUACAGCAAUGCUUUCUCAGACGCCGACAGACAGGAUGCCAUCAACUUGUUUCUUCAGGUCUACCAGCCGUCGGAGUCCAAGCCACACUUGUGGGAGCUGCCCACCGACUUCUACCUGCAUCAGAAGAGCACCAUGGCCCUCCCCCAAGAGAGACGCAGCUACACAUUCUGGUGGUCAGAAGGAAUCCUACCCCAUCUGCCUGUGGCCUAUGAUGAAGUCGCCUGUGAGGAGAACAUGAAGAAGGUGCAAGUGAAGAAAGUGAACCGCUACGACGAGAGCACUGACAUCUACACCGAGUUCUUCAAGCCGUAUGAGCUCACCUCCUUUGACGAUACCUUCUGCAUUGCCAUGACCAACUCGGCAAGGGAAUUUAUGCCGAAGACGGUAGGAGUGGAUCCAAGCCCCUUCACUGUGCGCAAGCCAGAGGAGACGGGGAAAUCAGUGCUGGGCAACAAGAGCAGUAAGGAAGAGACAGUGCUCCAGAGGAAGACCGCAGCCAGCGCGCCUCCUCCCCCCAGCGAGGAGGCCAUCUCCAGCACUUCAGAGGACGACUCGGAGGAGGACCGUGACGAUGACGGAGCUGUGUCCCAGCGCUCCACCCCUAUCAAACUGCUAACAGAGUCGGGAGAAAGCACCCGCACACAGGAGGAGCUCCAGCAGCCGGUUAAGGAGCCUUAUGGACUGAACCUUGCAGAGUUUCCUACAGAGGAGGAUCUGCUCAUAUAUGAAAGGUUUGCACAUCUGGGCGAGAGCCAGCACAGAGUGGAGAGAACCGAACCCAUAAAACUGGCAAACAUCAUCUCCUUAGAGCCAGUGUCAUGCUUCCAGGAGGACAGCAUCUACGCCGUCUCCCCUCCGCAGGUGGACCGAGACAGCCGAGAUGUGUUUGAGAGCCACGUGUUGACUGGCCAGGGCCAGGUGAGGGCGCUGUGCAGAGAGGACAUGCUCACGUACAGGGAGUACAUCAAGAACCGAUACAUGUGAGACACUGAAACCUCGCUGAUACAUGCAGCCUGAUCCUUACCUGUGUGGUAAAUCACCAUCUGGACUGCGUUUACCGCGGCCAGAAAGGUCCUCCUCCAUUUUGGAUCCACUGGCACCGCAACAUUCCAGCUUCAAGAUUGUUGAGAUUGUUUGACUAUAAGAUUUUCAUUUUUAAGCUCCUAAGCAGAGCAAAAGAAGUUUCCUGGAUCAGGAAACCAUAUUGGUUUCUAAUAUCCAGUUCUUGGACAUUUUUUUUUUUUUUGCUUUGUUUGUUUUAAUUCUAAGAGAAGACAAUGACUUUGAUGAUGAUAUUGGGGCACCAACAGCCCAUAUAUACUGUAGUUCUGCCAAAUGACAUGAGUGCUGUUGUUUUUUUGAUUAGGAAGAGAGCUUUUAUGUUUUUAGCAGUUUCCGAUCCAUUUCAGCUGAGUCACCUCUCUUCAUGCAGACAUGCCCUGAAGGCCUAUGUGUUGCUUUUUAUUUAUUCUUGGUGUUUUCUCCACUGUUUCAAUUUUAAUUGCAACCUUUUAAGAAAAAUCAGUAUUUAAUAGGGCUGCACGAUGUAUCGUCAUAUUGCGUGAUGUGCGAUUUCAGGGCAUAUUAACUCAAACACAUCAUGCUACAACUUUUAUGCUAUUUGACACAGAAGGAAAAUCACAAAGUUCUCAUUUUCCAUGACUAAUCUACAAGAAAAGUCCAUCUGAUAGUAAAUAAUUUGGUCAGAUUUAAGUUUGUUGCUUGUGAUGCACAGGGUCUGCAUGCAUGGCGAUUAGUUUGCUAUAUACUCUGGUGAGAGGAUGAACUUGAUCAGUUUAUAAAACAGCCAGAGCCCCACUAGUCGCUGACCACAACCUGAAAAUGAGCCUCGCCUCUUUAGGUUGUUGUUAACUGCAUGACCCUACAUCAAUAACACACUGUAUGUAUCUGGUGAAAUUCCCUGCAUUAUUUCAAGUCACAAUAUAUCUAUCACAGAAAAAUAAAAGAAAUCAGAAUGUCGGUUUUUCCAAUAUCGUGCAGCCCUAGUAUUUAACUACAUGUACAUUUCUAACUUGUUAUGGCUAAUUAUUAAAUGUACUGUGUUCCAUUAAUGUGAUGCUAAUGCAAAGCUUGUGGUGACUUGUUCCUUAGAUUCCUUCAGUUACACCUGCGUGACAGGUUUGUGCUUUGUGCUUACACACACUCAUGAAGUUAACAUAAUUCUGAAGGACCCCUACAGAGUUUUACUUGAUUACUUUCUGGAAAGUUACUGGAACAAGUCGGCUUUAAAUGUGCAUUGAUUCAUGUUCAGCCAUAAUGGCAUACUGUUGUUAUAUGUCGGUGUAAAGCGAUGUGUGACUACAGUUUGGUUCUUUACUUGAGAAAAGGCCAUUUUAGCAUAGAAUUCCAAAAAUACAUGGUGAUAAAGAGGAAAAUAAGCCUCGUUCAUAUACCUUUGAGAUGAUUUACUCCCCAGCUGAUUUAUAGAUUAAUUUGUCAAUGACUAAUUUUUGUGAUCAUAUUUUACAUUUAGCACCAUGGGAUUUGAUUGAAUCUGGAUUUGACUGUUUAACCUCAUGUCACUCAUCUGAUGAUGAUGUAUGAUGCUCCGGUCUUAGGGACCAUAUGAAGUCCAUCAGCACCAGAGGGCUGUCACUUGUCAACCGUAUAAUUCAUUUGCCACUGUGGAACACAUGAAAGCUGCCAGAACAUGGGGUGGGACUUACCACUUGCAGAUUAUCCAGUUUAAAACCUGCAUAUCCAUUCAGUAGCAUUGCAAGCAAACAAAUGGUACCCUGCAAGUAAGUAGCUGUCAGGCCUGCGUGUGUCUGUCCUCAGUACCUCUGCAGACAAAACACAACACCUCGGCAUUGUGGGUUUCCUCAGCCCCCAGUCUUAGUUUACAGAAUGUGCAUGUUUGAAUUUGUUUCAUUUGAAUGCCUUACUGAGAUGACAGCAUAUUGUUAUGUACAGUAAUUCUAAAUUAAACAUUUAUUUAUUAACCGC